AUGAAUUCUAUAAUUUAUUAACAUUAUGGAUUUUAAGGUUACAAUUCAAAAAAUGCAUAUGAAAAUUUAUUUGAAAAUUUAGAUUAAGAAAUUGAAUUAAAAUUUUAAAGUAAAUAACUUUCAAACUUAAGUAAAUUAAUAUCAGAAGAUAGGUUUUUUGAUAUUUAAUAUGUAUCGAUUCUUUAUUAAUUGAAAUUCUAUAAUUUGGCAUAUAAAUAAAUUAUGAUAGCCAAUAGAUAAAAUGAUUUGAAAUAAUUAAACUAAAGUUCUGAAGCUAACUAAAAAGAAAGUGAUUUUUCAAGAUUAUAAACUUUUAAUAAUUAAGCUAAAGUUUCUAUUAAAUCUUUAAGCAAAUCAGUAAAGUCUAAUUCUGAAGAUUUAAAUAAUCUUAUCUAAAAAAAAGCUAUGAAAAAGAAUAAAUUAUUGAUAUCUGUUAAAGAGAAAGUUUCAAUGAUAACAUAAGCAUAAAUGAAUAUCUUAAAAUAUUCGAUUCGUCAAAAUAUUAAAUCCUAAUUUUAGAUUAUUAAUAAUAAAAAAUAUAAAUUUGAUGAAAUUUAAUUAGGAGUCGAGAUGUUUUUGAAAAAUGAAAAAAGAAAUAACAAUUUAAGAAAAGCAAUAGUUAGAUUAUUAUAAGAAAAAAUAAAAUUUUACACAUAGUUUGUCAAUAAAAAGAUAUUGAAUCAUUAAAAACUUUUUGAUUCUGCUAAAAAAAUUAGUGGUUUGAUGUAUAAAAUUGAAUAAAAAUUGAACUAAAGAUAUUGUUAAUACCCAAGUCACAAAAUAUAGUCUACUUUAAUUUAUUUUUAGGCAGAAUUAUAAAAUAAUUUUAUAGAAGCACACCGAAUAAAGAAUUUAACAUCAAUUUCUGAAUAAUAACUGAUUGAUAUUGAUUAAAAUCUAUAAGUUUCUUUAUUCUCUAAAGAUGUUAUUUAUAUCAAUGUAGCCCAAUUAGAAGAUUAAGGAGAUUUAUUAGUACUGAAUUGUUCUGAAAACACAUAAAAGUUCUUUGAAUUUAAUAAUGAACAAUAUAAACAGUUUAAAUUAAUUAGUCAUAUACUUCCAGAAUUUAUAUUGAAUGAACACAACAUAUUAGUAAAUAGAUUUAUUUAAACUGGCCAAGCAAAGUAUUACUUAUCGUAUUUUCCAUCCUUUUAUAAAUCAAAAAAUAAUUUUGUUAAAUGUUGUGAUUUGUUAUUUGAUAUGCAUUUUGAUGAAUACUAUUUAUUCAGAUACUCAAUUUUCUUAUAGAAUAAUUCUUCCACUAAAUCUUAUAUAUUUGCUGAUGUUAAUGAACAAUUAGGAGGAUUUACAGAGUCAUUUUUUGAAAAACUAAAAUAUUCUAGUACAUUUAUUACCUAGAUGAGUGAUUUUAAUUUUAAAAUAAUAAAUAUGCAACUCAUAUUUCCAGAAUUCCAAACAAUAAUUAAACAGUAAAAAAAUAGCAUUUAAACAGAAUUAAAAUUUAUAAAACAGGAUGCAUUUUUACAAUAUUUAGAAUAAUCUGAUCAUAAACUUAAUAUUUUCGGACUUUGGAAUGACUAAAAAAAUGUUAAUUCAUACCUUGUUGAUAUUAAUAUUUAAUUUCAAAGUAUUUGGGAUUUUAAUUAUUACAUAAUUGAAAUAGCAGAUUGCAGACCUUAACAUUAAGAAAAUAUGAUAUCUUUAUAAUUAAAUAAAUCAUAAAAUGAUAUAGAGAAAAUGUUUUUUUUGAGUUAAUUAACAGAAUCUGAAGCCUAAGCUAACAAUGCAAAAAAUUUUAAGAAAAAAUCAGUUUAAUUAAAUUUGGAUGAAUAAUAAUCAUCUUAGGAAGUGAUUUUAACAUCAAAAUUGCCUGCUGUUUACAUUUAGAAUAUUCCAUAAUAAGAAUUUGAGCCAAAUAUUUUAAGUCCAAAUUCAAGUUAAAUAGGGUUAAAUGAAAUUUCCUACUAGAAAUAACCUUAAUCUUAAUAACAAGAUUAUUUUAAUUAAAGUAUGCGUGAUAAUUCUUAUAGUAUACAAAAAUCAAUUCUAUAAAUAUAACAUCAAAACAUCCUUCCAAUAGAAUAAAAAGAAGAUUUUUUUGAAGAAUAAUUUAAGAAAAACACAUCUCUCACAUCUAAAUAAACUGGUAUAUAGAAAUCUUUAUUUUAUAAAAAAUAUGAACUCAUACAUGAUUAAAAAUUUUCAUAGGUUCCAGCAUCUAUGAAUAAAAUAUUGGUGUUUAUUCUGUCUAGUUUAAUCAUCUGUCUUAUUUUUUAUGUAAUUGUACUUACUUUGGUUUAGUAGGACUUAACUAGAUUUAUUGCUGAAAUUGAUAUGAUAUAAUUGCAUUCUGGUGUCAUGGUACCUCAUGACUUCUAUUUUUAAAUGAGAUUUACUAUAUUUACUUAUACAGGAUAUUUAAAUAAGUAGAUAAUAACAAGAGAAAGAUUCAAUAAUUUAACAGAUCUUUUUUAUAAUAAUAUGAAGAUUGGUUAUGAUGAAUUCAGGAAUGGUUUCACAGAUCAAUUAAAUAAUCAAUAUCUUUAACCAUUUUAUAAUGAUAAAAACGUAACUGUUUACUACAUGUAUGAAUUUGGUCUAAAUACUUAUCCAGUAACAUAUAAUGUUAGGGAAGUGUUUUUCACUUUUCUAACAUAUUAUUAUGAAUUUCUUUUGAGAUUUUAAGCAAGAUUAAGUCCAGCAAAUUAAACAUAUUAAGUAUUUCAAUUUGCAAAUGCAUUUAAAUUGCAUUAACUUCUUGAGACUUUAGCCUAGGAGGCAUGGGAUUAUUCAAAAUAAAGAAGUGUUACAAUAAAAGAUAAAUGGAAUUAGAUAUGGAUGAUAUUUUUAAUCUUUAGUAUUUUGCCAGUAGGUCUAGCUAUUUAUUAUGUUAGAGUUUAUAGAUAGUUACAAGAUAAAUACUUGAAUUUAUUUAGAUAUUUUUCAAGUAUUAAAAUUUAAAGAGAAAUUGAUAAAACUAAGACUUUGAUAAAACAGUUAAAGUAGAAUCCAGAUCGUUUAUAUCAUUACAAAUUUGAGGUAGAACAAUUUGAAGAAUAAAUAAUUUAUGAGAAAGGAAUAAUCGAAAAAGAAUAGCAAAAGUACAAGGAAGCAAAAUACUUACCUUAAUUUAAGAAAUUACCAAUAACCUUAUCAGUAAUAAUUCUGUUUGGAGUUUGGAUUCUUUUUUUUUUAUUUAGUUUCUUUAGUAAUUAGUAAGUUUAAUAAUAUUUAAAUAAGUAUCCAAACUCAUGCGACCUUUAUAAAUUUUUAUAAAAUAUGUCAUUAAGUACUGGAUCUCUUCCAAGGGUUAGAGAUUUUAAAUUAACAUUUCCAUCAUUACCAUUCAUAAGAGAAGAGGACAGUGUAUUAUUUUAUGAGACAAUAAGAGAUAAUUUGAAUGAUAUAUCAGAAUUUCUUAUAUUGUGUUUGAAUUUUAAUCCAGAUUUAUAUUAUUCAUCAGAGGAGUUUUCAGAAUAUUUCAAUGAUAUUCAAUCCUAAAAUAUAUGUGAAGUUUUAGGAAAUGAUCAAGUUGGAUUCCUGGAUUAUUAUUGUAAUAUUUCUUUUAAUGGAAAUUUGAAAUUGGGGUUGCUGCCAACUAUCAAAUAUAUAUACAAUAUAAUUUAACAGGAACAAUCGAUUAAUAAUUUUACAAAGAGAGUUGAAUAUACAUUUUUAGAAAUGGAAGGAGGCUUGAUAGUAACAAGAGCAUUUUAAUAUAUGACAAAAGUAUUUAAAAAGGGAAUGGUUACAAUCACAUAAGAAUAGAUAAAUAUUUCGAAUGUAAAAUAUGAAAUAUAAAAUAGGCUCUAUCUAUAUGUUAUAUAGUAUUAAAUAUCCUGUUAAUCAUAUAUUUUUCUAGUAUCUUGCCAUUGAUGAUGAUUAAGGAAUUGAUUUAAGUAAGAAGAUUUGUAAUGAUUGUUCCAAGAACUGUGUUAUUGUUGGAUGAUCAAUUUGAGCGUCAUGCUCGAAUGAUUGGAGUAAAUGAGAAAUACUGA